CGGGCGCAGGUGCCUGCCGUUUGAAAGAUGGCGCCUGCCGGGCCGGUGCUGGUCUUGUGUGAAGAGAAGAUCCGGGAGAAGAGCGGCCUGGCGCCUCACCGCGACCUGGCUGAACUUCGGUCAUUAUCAAUUCCUGGAACUUACCAAGAAAAGAUUACUCACCUAGGAAAUUCUUUGAUGAAUUUAACAGGCUUAAAAUCUUUAGACCUCUCACGCAACUCUUUGGUGAGUCUAGAGGGCAUUCAGUUCCUGACUGCACUGGAAAGUCUCAAUCUCUACUACAACUGCAUCUCCUCAUUAGCUGAAGUGCUUCGGCUCCACUCCUUGACGGAGCUCACAGACGUGGACUUUCGGCUGAACCCUGUGGUGAAGAACGAAUCUGAUUACCGCCUUUUUGUCGUGCACAUGCUCCCGAAGCUCAGGCAGCUGGAUGAUCGUCCUGUGAGAGAGAGUGAGCGGAACGCAUCCCGGCUGCAUUUCGCAUCGGAGGAAUCACUGGACUCAAAGCAGAGCGCCCCAGCUGUUUUGCGAGUCGGAAGACUGCGCCACUCGAGGGCCACGUGCACUGACCCCUCAGCCAAGAAAUGCUUGGUCAUGGACGCAGAUGAUGAGGCGGUCCUGAACCUCAUUGCUGAGUGCGAGUGGGACUUGAGCAACCCUCCCGGGAGCACAAGCUCCAGCCAGAGGGGGCGAGAGGCUGACCUCCCUAGUUCCCAAGAAUCCAGACACCUGAUGAGUCCUCAGCCAAUACAGUACCAGUGUGGAGAUUCCAUAAAGAAAGGCCACGAGAUGAGGAAAUGCAGCUCUCGAGGUUGUGGUCCAGAAAAGAGGCUACAGAACCAGUACUGUGGGGAGGUCCCGCCGCAGUGUGGGCCGCACACACACUUUGCCCCCCACCCAGAUUCCACGGACAUUGAGGAGCCUGCCCUUUCUCAGAAGUCAAGUUUGUUAGCACAGAAGGUAUUAAAUUCAUUGCCUGCUCCUGAAAACUAUAGGAAGCGAAGAAUGCCUGGCGGAAGAUUCCAGGCACCUGCAGACCAGGAGUGUCUGAACUGCCUGGAGAGGCCCGACGUGCCCUUGAGCCCCGAGCAGAGUCUGGGCAGGCAGAGUGGCUCGGAGGGCAGGAGUGAAAGGACCUUUUCUCGCUCCGCAGUAUCGGAGCCCGAAGGGGAGAGGCCCCACAGCGUGAGUGGCACUGGAGAGGUGUCUCCCAAGCUGUACUCGGCUCCGCCCCCCGGGACGAAGGCUGCCCUGGAAGUGGCGCUCCUGGAGGCACUCCUCGACCUGGUGGACAGGUACUGGAGCGGCUGCAAGUCCCUGCACGGCAACCAGGUGUUCCAAGCUCAGGCAAGACAUAUUUUAUCAUCGUUGCAAGAAUUUACAGCAACCCAGGACAGUUCAGCAAUUGUGAGUGAAGAAAUUAAUUACCUUACUCUGGAAAAUAGAUCUUUGCAAAAGCACCUGGCUGAGCAGCAGCAGCAGUACAACAUGAAGAUGAGUGAGGUGGCGUCAGAACUCACCAACACGCAGAAGGAGAUGGAUGACUUGAGGCGACAUCUAGACAAAUCUUUGGAGGAGAACAGUAGCUUAAAGGCUCUUUUGUUCAGCAUGAAAAAAGAAGUAAAAAAUGCAGACACUGCAGCUACCUUAAGUUUGCAGAUUACUGGACUUCAGACAAGUGUGAAGAGGCUCUCUGAUGAGAUCGUGGAGUUGAAGCAGCACCUGGAGCACUACGACAAGAUCCAGGAGCUCACGCAGAUGCUGCAGGAGAGCCACAGCUCCCUGGUUGGCACCAAUGAGCACCUCCUGCAGGAGCUGAGCCAGCUGCGGGCGCAGCACAAGGCCGAGGUGGAGCAGCUGCACUGGAGCUACAAGGAGCUCAAGAAGACGCUGGGCCUGUUCCCACAGGGCAGCGCCGGGCCCCGGCGGCUGCUGGGCCCCGGCGCCUGCGCGUCCACCCCUGGCCUCUGCUAGGCCCCGGCGCCAGGGACACGUGGCCUGUGCGUCUGUGUUGCUGGAUGUGGAAGCUCUUUUCAGCUUGGUACAUUUGUUGGAGAGAGCUGCGCCUCCUGUUUGUAAUUAGCUCAAGGGUUUUGAAACACAUUCGGGGCCAUUAGCUCGAUUUUCUAAAAUCCCCUGAAAAGAUAGGAUCGAUCUGCUUGUAAGCGAGUCUGUGAACAAGGAUACAUCCGGGGUAGUAUUUGGAGAGAUGCUAACCGGGAUCAUUCCCUCCGACGCUAGCAUGCUGUUCCUGCUUCCUGAGAUACAACUAAGACUUAACAAAAACAAACAAACAAACAAACAAAAAAAACGGGAUAAAUGCAAGCCCUUCACAUUUGAAACAAGACAUUUUGAUGUUUUUUGAGACCAACAUCAUUAAUUUUCCAUGAAACAUCCUGAAAUAAAAUGCAGUAUUUUUCUUCUUUA